AGGAGCUCCCCGGAAGAGUCGCGGGUCCAGGCAGCGAUCGCGACGAGACGGCGUUGGAAGCUGCGGCUCAUUGCGGCUCCCACCGGGCUCCCCCCGGGCUCCCCCCGGCUCUGCUCUACUGGGAUAACACUUCCUUGCCCCCCUCCCCACCUUACUAAGUCCGACACCUGUCGAACUGAACGAGGGCGGAGGUACCGGGGACACCAUGGCGUGCGCUAAGCCACGCUCCAGCGCCGUUAACUUUCAUGAGGUGCCCCUGCGGGCCCUCAACACGACGGUGCGCAAGCAGCUGGCGCUCUUCCUCAACCCCGUGCUGCUGGGCAGCGCUAACUGGGAGCGCCUGGCCGAGGAGUUGGGCUUCGACUACCUGCACAUCAGGAACAUGGACCGCUGUCCCGACCCGACGUGGAAACUGCUGGACGACUGCACGUCCCGUGACAACAGCACGGUUGGCGCCCUGCUGGACGCGUUGCUCAAGCUGGAGCGCCAUGACGUCAUCACUGACCUGCAGGCGGCCAUCGAACAGGACUGCGUGCGUUUCCUUGCGGAGAAGAAGAGUGGUCGUCCUCCUCCCCGCUCUGAACCGAGGCCCUUUGAGCCUCCUGACUGUGUGACGAUGCUCGACGUUCCCGAAGUGUACGUGGAGAAGUUCGACGCCUUCGUCUGCUACUGCUACGCCGACAUCGAUUUCGUCAAGGAGAUGAUUCAACACCUGGAGCGCAGCUCCUACUCCCUCAAGUUGUGCGUGAUGGACCGCGACGUGCUGCCGGGCCAGUGUGUCUACACCAUCUCCAGCGAGCUCAUCGAGAACCGGUGCAACAAAAUUGUCGUGAUCAUCUCCGAUGAUUUCCUUGAGAGCAGCGAGUGCGACUUCCAGACCAAGCUCGCGCUCAGCAUCGCUCCAGGCGCUCGAAGCCGGCGCCUCAUUCCCGUCAAGUACAAGGCGAUUUCCAAGACCUACCCAGGAAUCCUGCGUCACAUUACCAUGUCCGACUACACCAAGAUCAGCACAAAGGAGUGGUUCUGGGAUCGGCUGGCCAAAGCCAUCAAGUACUGAUCCACGGUUUCCCCUCGGGCCAGGGGAGGACGAGGGGUGAAGGGAAGGGGGGGGUUCCCAAGGUGUGUAACGGAGGUGAGAUGUUCCCAUGCUCCCGAUGACUUUCCACACGUCCUGGGUGUCCGUUCGGCUUGCGUUUAGAGCUCAUCAGCAGCACGGCAUGGAAGUGGUGGUGUGUGUGUGGGCGUGAGCGGCCGUGCGAUGAUUCCAUCCUCGUUGGAAUGAGCAGGGAUAGUGGGCCCUCGCAAUUUACACAACGUGCGCGGGUGCCCUCGCAUCGAUCGGCCCACGGAGGCUCUGGCUGCUGUCGUCGCAGCCUCUAGAUCGAGCCGCCGAGAGGGGCCGUUGUUGCAAGGUCGUCGGGCGUCCUCUGUUCUGCGGUGCUACACGGUCAGAACUUGUCGGAAUUGGUGAUUGGAUACGAUUCGGUUGUUACCCGUUUAUAAAGAAAUAUAUAAAUAUCCGUGAGCGUGGCACCACGUGUAAAUAAUCCUCGUUAGGGCUUGUGGUGUGGGGUUCGUCGCUUUGCCCUGCCCGUAUGGCGGUUAAAUGCGUGUCGGCACGCGCUCCAAAGAAUAUGCCAUCGGCAAAUGCGACGUGCUGUUUCAAGGACUUGAUGGAUAUUUACUGCGUGGAAUUGGGUCGUUAUUUUUUUAAGAUAACAUUUUCUAAACGAGUUGGUGUAUUGUAGGAUCAUACUCUUAAAUGGAGUAAAUUUAUAUUCUUACAAUGAUGAUGAUUUUUUCAAAUGUAUAAAAUAAAUAUUUGCCCCAAUGUAGUGUUUCCAAUAGCUCGUAACAGCACAGUGCUUGGAUUAAGUUGAUUAGCUUUGGAUUGCUUUGCAUCUGCACCCCUUAAGAUUUGCAGAAUUAAAAUUUCUCCAUUUACCCGCCGCUGUCAGCGGUUAUUCUGCUCAAUUCACAAAAAAAAACUAGGUGAAAAAUGUCAUUCACAACGCAUAUUUUGUUUUCAUCAAACACGUAUGUAUGUAUUUUUUACUUUCACACUGUACUUAGCCAACCAUGGUAAUCGGAGGUAAGAAGUUCUAAAUAAAAUAAGUUUGCAAUUCUAAUGGCUUCCUAAUAUCGGCCGUGGAAGCCCAUAUGAUAUGUGCACGCUGCGGUGACCGUCUGUGUUUGAUCGCCAGCCAAACGCUGCUGCUGCGAGGAUGAGCGGAGCUCCCAUGAUGAUGGUUGAUGCUCCUUUACUCGUCUUAAUCGCAAUGGAGUUGCGCGCAUGAUCAAAGGUUCCGUAAAAAUAACGGCUCUGUUGGCUACGUACAGUGCGAAAGUAGUUCGACAUUCCUGCAUACCUAGGUACAAAGCAGCCUCCUGGGUUGAACCGUUCAUCCGGUGCACCACAGAUUCGCACGAGCCGUCUGCAUGCACUUCUGCGUCUGGCAGCGGAGAGGGUUUAGGGGGGGCGCACGUGUUGCAGUGGGAGUUUUGAACUAAGCACUUUUGUGAGUCGUUCCCCGUAUUAUCGCGUACCGUUCCCUGCGUUCUCGUGAGAAUGCUAGUUUUUAACACAUAGGAGGCUUUUUUGCGACCAAUAUUAUUAAUAAGACUUUUUGUGUGUGUUAGAGCGUGUCGACCUGGGACUCCCCUAGGUCAACGCAUUUUAUAUGGACGUGCUCUAACCCAAAAAAAAACUCGACUACCGUGGGAAUGUUAUCGAUUGUGUUCACGAAUGCAACGUACGAAUGUGUGAACGUGUGUGCUUGUGUGUCGCGUGUGGGGAGCCGGUAGGGCACAGCCAGUCAACGCCACGCUGUGCUAACGAACCCCGGCCAUCCGAGUUCGUUUUCCCCCCUCGGCCACAACAUUGGUGACGAAUAUCUAAGUCGGUCCUGGGACUUUCCCCCUAGGUCGACUCGGCCUCAAAUGAGUACCCGGUGUGGUGGUGUGUAGUAAACAUUGCCACUGGGGGGAGACAAAGGUGGCCGGGGAGUGGUUCUGGCAUCCCAUCCCCCUCGUGUGCCACAGUGCCAACCCUUUGUAGUUGCUCGUUUAACACCACUUGCACCAAAAGUGAGGCUAUGGGGGGGGGGGGGGAAUCUUUGUGUCUAAUACACAAGCAUACCUCUGCAGUAGGGGAUUAUCGUUUUUCCGUCGCCAGCGCUGCGAACCUGACCAAACGUUGUGCAUGAUGUGGGGAACAUUGGGGAAAAACGUUCACUGUAAAAUAUGCCCUCUUUUUUUAUUGAUGAAAUAAAGGGAAAAUGUUCA